AGCUGCCACAAGGGCCAACAGCAAUUUUGAACUGCAGUUAGCUGCUACAUUAUGUCCUUCAACAUUUCAUGCAGUUACUAUAUAAACACUUUCCUUAUUCCUUCCCCUCCAUCUCACCACAGCCAUCUACACAACGAGUUAGCACCUCCCAACCAAAGGAAACGAUUCUAUGGAGCUUCUUCGAAACCAGAGGGCCAAGCCAUCCUCUAGCAGCAGCCGGUUCGGGUUACUUGGUCUUCUUGCUGUCUUCAUCUUCGGCUUCUUAGCUUCAUUCUCCGCAGCGGAAGUUCACUACCAUGAAUUUGUCGUAUGGCCUCCAGUAUCUGUGUCUCUUCUCUUCAAUGGUUACAACAUGUUACUUUCUCUUUGUCAGUAGCUUAUAGAAUUUUUCUUUGAUGUUGUGAACAUAGAUUGAAGCAAAACCAGUGAAGAGGCUGUGCAGAACUCAUACCACCAUCACAGUGAAUGGGCAGUUCCCAGGGCCAACAUUGGAGGUUCGAAAUGGAGACACGCUAGUCAUUAAAGCCAUCAAUCGAGCUCAAUAUAACAUCUCCCUCCAUUGGUAAGUUCAUCAAGCAAACAUAACAAGGCUCAAUGAUGACUCAUUUUCCUCCACAACUUAAAACACUCUUCAAUCCUGUUGUUCUUUGUUCAGGCAUGGAGUUAGGCAGCUCAGGAAUCCAUGGGCUGAUGGUCCCGAGUAUGUGACUCAGUGUCCCAUCCAGCCUGGAGCGACCUUCACUUACCGCUACACAAUCCAAAACCAGGAAGGCACUCUAUGGUGGCAUGCACACAGCAGAUGGCUCAGGGCAACAGUUUAUGGUGCCCUAAUCAUCCGUCCCAAAAUGGGUUCUCCAUAUCCUUUCCCAACCCCCAAGCGAGAAUACCCAGUCGUUCUAGGUAACGAGCACAACAUUGAGUUUCACCAUUUCAAUUCGUUUUCUUCACACCAAAGUAUUUCUUCAUUUCCAAGGCAAUAUAACUCUUAAUCCAUAACAGGGGAGUGGUGGGACAGGAAUCCUCAGGAUGUAAGGAAGCUGGCACUUUACACGGGAGCAGCUCCCAAUGUCUCUGAUGCCUACACCAUUAACGGCCAGCCUGGUGAUCUUUAUAGAUGCUCCAACAAAGGUUAGACUCUUUCCUCAUUGAUCUCAAUCUCCCCUUGCUCUUCACUAAAAGCUAAAUUGACUAAAGAAUUGACAAAACCCUCUGCCUCUCGGGCCAAAUUGCAGAAACCAUGAAGUUCCAAGUGGAUUCAGGGGAAAAGAUCCUGCUCAGAGUAAUCAAUGCUGCAAUGAACCAAGAACUCUUCUUUGCUGUUGCCAACCACAAGCUCACAGUCGUGGAAGCUGAUGCUUCUUACACCAAACCUUUCACAACUUCUGUCAUAAUGGUCGGCCCAGGCCAAACCACCAAUGUACUCCUGACAGCCGACCAGACCCCCGGUAGAUACUACAUGGCGGCUCGAGCCUAUCAGACUGCGCAGAAUGCAGCUUUUGACAACACAACCACUACUGCAAUUCUUGAAUACGAUUCUGCUCCUUGCAAUGCCAAGAACGGGAAGCAGAAAUCCUUCCCUUUAGCUCCAGUUCUCCCACAGCUUCCGGCUUUCAACGACACAAACACAGCAAGAGCAUUCAUUUCCCAGGUAAAGGGCCUUAAAUCCAAGGGGAAAGUGCCUACCAAGAUCGACAAGAGCUUGUUCUUCACAGUGGGACUGGGCCUCAUUAACUGCACGAAUCCAAAUAGUCCACGUUGCCAGGGUCCCAAUGGGACGAGAUUCACUGCCAGCAUCAACAACAUCUCAUUCGUGUUCCCCAGGAGGAAUUCCCUGAUGCAGGCGUAUCUUCAGGGCCAGCAAGGCGUGUUCACUACUGAUUUCCCUUCAUCGCCACUAGUAAAAUUUGAUUACACGGGGAAUGUGAGCAGAGGGCUCUGGCAGCCGGUUCAUGGGACUAAGCUAGUUAAGCUCAAGUAUGGUGCCAAUGUGCAGAUCGUGUUGCAGGAUACUAGCAUUGUCACGACAGAGGAACACCCAAUGCAUAUCCAUGGCUACAAUUUCUACGUCGUGGGUAUGGGUACCGGAAACUUCAACCCUGCAAAGGAUCCUGCUAACUUCAACCUCAUCGACCCACCUCAUAGGAACACCAUUGGAACUCCGCCUGGAGGAUGGGUUGCCGUCAGAUUUGUAGCUGACAAUCCAGGAAUAUGGCUGCUGCAUUGCCAUAUUGACUCGCAUUUGACAUGGGGCUUGGCGACGGCUUUGCUGGUGGAGAAUGGAGUGGGGACAUUGCAGUCUGUUCUGUCUCCACCGCUGGACCUGCCACGAUGCUAAAGAGGAUCAUCAGAAAUCCACAACAAAGGAUCUAUGCAUCAUAUGGCAAUUCAAUCUGAAAUUUUUCUUCUCAUCAAAAGGCAACUGCUAGAUUAUUGGGUUUGGAUUGUAAGCAUCUAGAUACAUGUCAAGUUUGGUUUUUCGUUUCUUCAUUUUGUGGUGAUAUCCUUUGAUGUACUUGUCCCAAAUGAAACCAUCUAUUAUAUUCACAACCCAUUUGAGUAAUAUUCAUGGAGAAAUGAGCAGCUCAUGGCAGGGCAAGAUGAGUUCCAAAGUUCCAUACUUGAACUGAAUAGAUCCAUCAAAUCAUUCAAAUUUCCUAUUUCUAAAGCAGCAACUCCUUCUCAGGAGAAAGUCUGAUAUGCAAUGCAUCGCAGGUCUGUCUAGGAUUUACUUAACCGCGAGCUUAAGGAGAACAACAUAAAGAUGGAGAAUCGAUACCUCAGAUAUUUGGCUGAGAUACCGAGCUGGCUCAGAUAUUCGCCGUUCAUGGUAGGGCAACCGGUAUCUGCCAGCUGAGCGAGAAGAAGGGAUCGCCGCUUGCUUGCUAGAUUCCGCAUUUCCGCCGUCUCCUCUGCGGCAGUUGACGAAGUAUAGUGGAAAAGAAUUAAAUAGUUCGAGUAAAUGAAGAAUUAGAGGGUCA